AUGCGCGCCCUCCUCGUCCUGCUCCUGGCAGUGGCCACUCUCCUCGCCGGCGUCUCGGGGUCGGUUAGCAACCUCCAAACGUCACAGAACCUCAUUCAACCGGCCGAUGCUGUCGAGUCGGAGAGCACGCAAGGGCGAAUGCUGCUGCGAACUGCUGGCGUCGACGAAGAAGAGAGGGGAAUCCUGGACGUUGUCAAGAAGCUGGGAACAUCUACGGCCAAGUGGCCCAAGAACACGUACCACAAGCUCUACGUGAACUUUAUGUCAGGCAUGAUGGACAUCGAGAAAACAGCGAACGCGUUCCUCAAGAAGAACAUCAACCCAGAUAAGGUGUUCAAGUGGCUGAAGCUUAGCAACGGAGACUACACGCACGAGCGAAAACUAUACGACCUCUACAAGGAAAAGUACAUUGCCAAGCACCCUGGGUGGACGUCCAAGCUCAGCUAAGUAGCAUCGUGGAGUGAAUGCAUACAUUCUUGAAAACUCGU